AGCGACGAAAUCUAUGAGAAUAUCAUUUCUAAGAAGAAGAAGAAGGCUAAAAACUAGCAUCACCAAAAUAGAAAUCGAGACCCCUCCUCUCUACAGCAAGCUCCACGAAGAAAAUUCUACUACGUUCUCGAGUGAUUGAAGCAUUUGUUGGAUUGGCUAAGAAAAUACUACGAAAAUUGAGGGUCAUGAACAUGUAAUAUUUAUGGGGCAACACACCGCGUGUACAAUGCAUAGCAGAUUUCUUGACUACGAGGACGCCGCGACUCGGAACCGCUGCCGCUCUCGGCGACGCGCGCGUUGUCCUGCAAGCGAAUAGCGUUGUCCAUUUUGUCAUAAUCCGUGAAAAUAAGGAAAGAAAUUCUAUUCAUGGUUUGUUAUUAAUAUCCCUCGUCUUACUGUAAGUGUUACUCCUUGCGCAAUAUGAAUUACGCAAACGUGAUGUUUCCCACAACAUCCAAUUCUGGUAAAGAUGAUUAAUACGCAAGAAACAAAAGCACACCACGCUCCGCAGCUAGGCGAACAAGUGACUCCAUAUCAAUGUCUACUUCGACUGUCACUGUUGGUCGUUAAAUAAUAUAUAAAAACGCGCUUCCUCGAUUUAAGCUAAACGAGAACACACUUUUCGCUGCGCGGCGGCCACGCGGGUUCUGUUUGCGCAAAAAGGUCUUCGUGAGGGACAGAGAACGUAGAUGACAUCAAGACAGAGGUUUUUGCCGCUUUGUUGGCUCCUCAUUGCUGAGGUGAAAAUCUCGUCUAUAUUUUCGGUACGGCAUAAGAAUUGGCGCAAUUCUCAAAUAUUCACAAUGAAUUGCGCUACACUCUUAUAGACGGAAAACCAUUACUCACACUCAAAAACCAAGCACAAAAAUUAAAGCUUAAUACCUAGCACGAGUCUGGCUUAAAUGGAGAAAAUUCCACUCCGAUUUUCACGGUCAAGGCUAUAUCUAUAACCUUGAGCGCCAUACAGAAGCUACCGCCUUCCUCUUUCUUGAACUUUUAGGGUACAUCCGUGAAAAUUGAGUGUGGAAGCAGUAACCCGAGCGCUUUGCUGGCUGUUCGUAACUGCUGGAUAAGACACGGAAGCCUGCAGAGAGAACAGCGACGCAACAGCAGAGAUAUUUAAAAAGUGAACGAGUCAAUCGUCUCGGUUCCAACAUGGUUUUCCUUCUAUAACUACUUCAGUAUCAAUUUGGUGAAACUGCGAGAGAACUACAUUGCUAUCUAUGUCAAUUAUACUAGCGAAAGUAGUACUCGAGAAGAUGUAGCGCAAGAGCUCUUACUCCUACAGACCAACAGCUCGGACACGCAGUUAGUAAACUGGUGUUAUCUGUACACAAUUGAGACCGAAGAUAUUUUCGGAGCUAGUGGGCAUCGGAGGAGGGUCUGCCCUUCCCUUGCUGUAGUCCUUUAAUUAUGCGCUUAUUCUCCUACUUUUUAUAGUUGUACUCGGUCCUUGUGGAAGUAGUAGUAGAUUAUAGAAGAUGAUAAAGCAUUAUGGUGGAAAUUACUUAAAUAAGUACGUAUACGUUGAUGAAUUCAAACUCGUUGUGAUGUCAUAAAUUUUGUUGAUGAUACGUAUGUCGUACUAUUAAGUAUUUGUUUACUUUAGGAUGUAAGUAGUUAUUUUUGUUGCGCUAGCAGUAUCCAUGCCGCCACGCGAUGCCGAGUGCGACGUAACUACACCGGUCGUGCGUGAUUAAUGGGCUUCCUCGGACUGGUUUGUGCCUAAAGUUGAAAAACGAUAAGGAGUUAUUUACGCUAUGUAUGGAAUAUUUGUUCUGUCAUCCUAUAAUAAGAUGAGGGCUUAAUAAUGAUAUCGUAUGAUCCCGCUCAACAGUUUCACAGAUGAAUCAGAUGAAGAAUCACGCGGACGCGCAACAUGUAAUUUGUCAUUAUAGAUACUAUUGAUAUUGAAAGUGAUUCUUGUUCUCUCCCCUUCCACUUUCAGCUUCCCCUAGAACAGAUGGAAGGUCGUUGUUGCCUGGAAGCUGCGAGUGUGAACGAUAGAGUCACUGAUGCUAAUCUAUAAACUAGACAUGUCUAAAUGUAAAUCUACUACAUGUAGAAGGCUGAUCUCUACUUUCUUGCGUCUUAUCUUUGUCCGUGUUCCACACUGAAACAGGCUGCCGCCUAAAGUCUUCACUUUGUCCGUGUCGAACUUCUGUGUUACCCUCUCCUUGAUGCGCGUUGCUUUUAUCUGUUGAGGCUCGUGGCUUUGGUUCGAGUGAAUAAAAAAUGACAUCUGUACUGAAGCUUCUGGGAGUUUAACGCCCAAAAUUUGAGUGCAGAAGCAUGAUGAUGCGAGUUGAGUUAGUGGCUUGAUUACUUAUAUUAAGCAGCUAAAAGCAAAAAAAUCCAUCUGAUGGAUUUUUACGUAACCUCCUCCAAUACCCGAAAACUGGUAACUCCCCCUUUGGCUUAGCGGUGUGCUGCAAAUCUUGACUGGCUGCUUCCUUACCUUUUAUAAGGUUGGGGCUUGGGUCCAGCGACGCCUAAAGCACUAGAGGAGAGAAACCUGCUAGCUUUCCCUCUAUCCUUAGGCUUAUCCCUUCCAACAAUGCAUGUAGAAGGUUGACGUCAAGAAAAUUGUCAUUGAGAAUAGAGAAAGAACAGGUGCAACUGCGUACUCCUGCCUGGAGUUGUUUUUAGGUUCCUUUUCAUUUUGAUGGUUAGUAGGUGCUCACCGUGAAAAUGUUGAAGGAACGAAUCCACUCUCUCGCCCAACUCGUUGCCUAUUGAAGGACCACGAUAGGCGCUAGCAUGGAGGUAACUACAGCUCUGGCAUGCACGGUCGUGAUAGACGAUGGACAACAUGGACAUCAAGCAGAAAAUGCAUGGUAAAUGCUAAAGCUAAUAUCCUUCGCAAUUUGGUCACUAAGAUUGAUUAGUGAACUCUAUAUAUUAUGUUUUAGGGCUGCACGCCCCCCCCUUUGGUAUGGUAUCCCUCCCAUAUAAGAAUGGAUGCUAUUGCCAAGACUAGUGCUUCCUAAAAAUGCAAAGUUGUCCGAGCUAGCCGUUUUAGUUUUCCUCGGGGAUGGGGAUUGUAUGAAUCUGGUUCGUUCUGGGGCAUCUUCGCAAAAACAAAAUGAAUGAGUGUCAGCCGUGACUUUGCGUUUCUUGAAAAGAGGAGUAGGAAUCCACUUUGUUUAGGGGAUGAUUCGCGCAACUCUUGGCAAGAAGAAAGCUUCGAAGCAUUUUGUAUCUAUUCCAUCCAUUUCCUUUCCCGUGUAGAAAGAGCAAGAGGUGGAUAUCGAUAUAAUCUUCUUUAUCGGCUUAGGUUUUACAAUGGAAAAUAGACCAGGUUGUUAGCACACGACCAAGUUCGGUUGCCAUUUUCGCAAAUACAUGAGGUGACAGAACAUUUUGUUGUUGUUUUGUACCAAAAUCGUAAUUGCUAGCUCCUUCUUACUUUUUCAAAUGAUUGAUAAUUGAAUUGUUUGAGAAGUGUAGUAGACCACCCCUCGGUUGUGUCCGUCUAAACCAUAAGCUAAACCAUGAGAGUAGUCAAGAAAUGACGUUUUUUUGCUUCUGAAGAAUCGAGCAAUCUCCACUUGAGAGCGAUCGAGUUUACUUUCGCAAUCCAUUGAUCCACGAUGAAGAAUUAUGAUGGAAAAUAGCUAUCCAUGUUAAUGUUUCAACAUUAACAUUAUCGCAACAAUUGUUCUUGAUGUUGAUAUUCUUUUUUAUCAAUUUCACCAAACUCAAUCCCUCCAAUAAUUAUGUCAUGAGUCAGGUGCUGCAAGGCGUGCCCUUCUAUGUGCAAUGCAACCUUGCAAUUUCCUGUGACUCCGGAGCCUUGCUUAUACUAGCGGGCGCUUCAUCCGGGCAGAGGGAAGGAAAGUAUAGCCAUAAAUAUGAGAAGACCAACGCAGCUGCGUACAUUGGCAACCUCAAGAACCAUGAUCAUUCCAAACAUAAGAUGUGCAAGUUUGAUUUUAUGAUCGUCCAAGUGAUCACAUUAAAGUAAGUCUAUAUAGUCGCCCCCUAUAUCGACGAAGGGCAUGGCCUCACUCACUUGUGUGGGCGAGACUGCUGCGAAACGGCCAAGAGAGCCCACUUUUAGUGCAGCCCGCGUUGCAAGUCUAUCCAUCUAUCCGUAGUCUAUAUCGACGAACAUGGCCAUCAUCCAUUACGAACCAGGUCGCGAAGAUCAUUGUAAGAACUACUUAUAACAGAAUAUAUAUGUACUUAUAUAAAUAACCACCUUGAGCGAAAAGGAGAUAGUGAUCGCACCUUGUCGUGCAGGCCGAUCAUUGGAUUUUUAGAGAGGAGAAUUCCAAGAUCAUGAUGGAUCCAUCAAGCUGGGUGUGAAUUUCUGUGGUGUUGAUGUCGUGGGUUUGAUAUUCCUGUCGACGUUUCUGAACUCUGGGUUAUUCUCAGGUAUACGUAAUCAGAGCCGCCCGCGCAGAGCAGUAGAGCGUAGCC